AUCACACUGACAUGUUUCGAAAAUGCCAUUUUAUCGUAAACCGCAAAAUUUUAUACCUUUAUUAAUAGCGGCUGAGAAAAAAGCUGUUAAAAAUGGACGACAUCAUGCAAUUUUUACGUCUCGAUUUGAUAAGUACGUUGGCGAUUGGAAGGAGGAUUUAAAAGAAGGGAAAGGUGUAUACGUAACCUGUACCGGAAAAUUGUAUGAAGGCGACUGGUAUAAGGGCUUCCGGCAUGGCUUUGGAGCUCUGAGUAAUAAACUUCCAAAUGGGACUUACAAACUCGAGUACAGAGGAGAGUGGGUGAGAGGUAAACCAGAGGGCGCUGGUUGGCGAUAUUAUAAGAAUGGAGAUAUUUAUUUUGGUUUCUGGAAAAGAGGUUUUAGGCAUGACUAUGGCAAAAUGUGGUAUGCAAAUGGAACAUUUUACGUUGGCUAUUGGAAUAUGAAUAAGAGGGAGGGUCUCGGAAUGUUUGUACAAGAGAAUGGCAAUCGUUACGAAGGUAAUUGGGAAAAUGAUACAAAAAAUGGUAUCGGAAGAUUCUAUCACCUGCACACGGGUCAACUGCAAGAAGGCUGUUGGCAACAUGAUAUUUGUGUUAUGUCCAAGAUAUCUGAUAUUGAAAUACGACAAUUUUGCGAUUACCCUACUGAAUAUGCUAUACCUUAUGAUUCUUUACAAGAUUCGAGACGGAUCCUGGAAGAAAGCCAAUUUUGGUUACAACAAAGGCUGGGCGUUAUAAAAAAACCACUAAAAGAUUGUAUUGAUCAGAUGUAAUUUAUUUCGGAACUUUUACCAGAUCAUUUUAAUAAUUGUACAAAUUCUUAUAGAUAUAUUAUACAAUGUAAAUUCUUAAAUUAAACUUACGACAGAGUUUUACUGUCAUUUGUCUAUCACAGCAUAUUUCAAUUAUUACACUACUUAAAUAUUCAUUUUGAACCAUAAUUAUUAUUUUAAUCAGUUUGAGUUGAGUGCUUUGUACCAACUCAAAAAUAAAGUUAAGUAGUAAGUUUUGACUAUGAAAUGUAUUGCUCUUACUUCAAAUUGAUAUCUUGCAGUAAGGUACUUUUAACGUCAGGCCUCUUUUUUACCUAGAUUGGUGUUUGGGCAGUCUAAUAAUACGAAUAAAAUAAAUAUAUUAGUUACCUACAUA